AUGGUCGGCUCAGCAGAAGCUUCCCGCGGUGGAAGCGGCGGCGUUCUCGCUGCAGAUGGAAAGGACGCCGCUGUAGAUCCCUCUCCUUCCCAGGCAACGAUGACGGCGAAGAAGAAACGUUCUCUGACGGCACCUUUCCAUUUCGUCUCUGGAUGCGAGAUCGGCGUUCUGGUGGUGGGCGUCGUCUUUGCCCUCGGCGCAGGAUCAUUGAUGCCAGGAUUCAUUUCGAUUUUUGGAGACAUCAUGACUGCACUCAAUACGUCCGCCGACGUGGGGCCUUACGUGAAGCUGCUGGGCAUCCUCGCCGUGGCUGAGUUGUUUCUCGGGUGGACUGCAGCUGGAGCCUUCGAGUACUUGUGCGACCGUCAGGCGGGAAAGUUCAAACUCGAGCUUUUUUCCUCGGUGAUGCGGCAGGAGCUCGGUUGGUUCGACGUGAACGACACAAGCUCACUCUCGAGCCGCAUCGAUUCGAACACGGCCAUCAUUCGCGUGGCGGUCGGAAUCAAGUGCGCCACUGCGGUCCAGUUCUUCGCAACUUGCGUCGGCUCUUUCAUCGUCGCGUUUUGGCGAAGCUGGAAAAUGACCCUCAUCGUCACUGCAACGCUCCCUUGCGUUGUUGGAGGCGCCGCCUUUCUCGCGUGGUCCCUCCGCUACAGCCAAAGCGCGGUCCUCAAUGCCUACCGGGAGGCGGGAGGCAUCGCCGAGGAAGCGCUGGGGAAUAUCCGAACGGUCAUUUCUCUCGGGGGAGAAGAACGGAUGGCCAACGCUUACAAAGCGAGCUUAAAGAAGGCAGAGAAGGCGGCGAUUAAAGGAGGCGCUCUGACCGGUUCUGCUCUCGGAACCAUGAUGGGCUGCGUCUUCCUCAUGUACGCGGUCGGCUUUUGGUACGCUGGGCAAGUCAUCUCGGACGGACUUCGUCACGUGCAGGAAGCAAACGCAUUGCUGCCACCGGGGGCGUCUCUGGUGGUCCCCGCCGAUAUGGACUUCCAAGGAGGCGAUGCCAUCGUCGUGCUCAUCUGCGUCAUGGUCAGCGCGUUCUCCCUCGGACAAAUCAUCCCCGUUUUUGGCGACUACCUUAAAGCCGUCGAGGCUGCAUCGGAUCUGCUGGAAGUCAUCAGCCGACGAUCGCAGCUAGACCCGCUGGACGAGAGUGGGCUUAAGGACGUGAACAUGACCGGCGACAUCGUCUACGAAGACAUCACGUUUGCCUAUCCAUCUCGACCGGAAAAGACGAUCCUGAAAAACUUGAAUCUGCGCAUUCCAGGUGGCAAAACUGUCGCCCUGGUUGGCGGCUCCGGAUGCGGGAAAUCGACGAUUGUCCAGCUGCUUCAGAGACAGUAUGAGCCGUCCUCAGGAACUGUAAAAAUUGGCAACACCUUGCUGAACGACAUCAAUGUGGCGUCACUCCGCGAAGGCCUUGGAGUCGUUAGCCAAGAGCCGAAGCUUUUCUCGGCAACGAUCGAAGAGAACAUCGCGCUCGGGUCCAAGCGCCCCGUGACGCUUGCAGACAUUGAAGCGGCGGCGCAGAAGGCGAAUGCGGCAGGUUUCGUCGGCGACUUCGCCGAGAAAUACCAAACCCACUGCGGAGCGAUGGGGUCCCAGCUCUCUGGCGGCCAGAAGCAGCGCGUCGCUAUUGCACGUGCUCUGGUGCGGCGGCCCUCUAUUUUGAUUUUCGACGAGGCAACGUCUGCUCUCGACAACGCCUCCGAGCGCGUCGUGCAGGCUGCCUUGGACGCUCUCAUCGAAUCGACAGGCGUGACCACGAUUAUCAUUGCACAUCGGCUGAGCACGAUUCAAAGAGCAGAUUUGAUUGUUGUUCUCGGUCAAACAGACGAGGCGGGCGGAUCCUCCGUCAUCCAGCAAGGCUCCCACGCAGAACUGAUGAAGGACGAGAAUGGUCUCUACUUCAGCUUAGUUCAAUCGCAGCUGGCCGGCAUGCACGGAGACGAGGACGAGAAAGAACAGGAAACGACUGCGGAGGCUCUCGUCGACGCUGGCGCAGAUGCCGCCACCGCCCCCGUUUGCCAAAGCAUGGAAAAAUACCCCUCCUCUCAGAUGGCAAGCCGGCGGGACUCCGCGCUGUCGUCGAUCUCCAAAAUUUCUGAGCAUCUUCUCAACGCAGAUGUGACGGAGGCAACACGACGCUGCCUCUGCUUUCCGAAGAAAAAAGUCACUCCUAGAGACCCCCAGGCGCCUCCACCUGUCAACAAAAUGCGCAUGUUUGGCCUCGCCUUCCGCUACUGGCCUGUCUACAUUGUCACGCUUAUCGCCGCCGCUGCGUCCGGAAUAGUCUUCCCCGCCUACUCGGUCGUGUUCUCCCGUUUCGUCGCGGUCUUCUUCCGCCUGGAUCCUGACGAGGUGUCCAGCGAGGCGAACAAGUGGAGUCUCUGUUUCGUUGGCCUCGCUGUCGCGAGCCUUUUGGUGGAGUGGAUGAAGUUCUCCGGCAUCGAGUACAUGGGGUCGAAGGUCACUUCCGACCUCCGCGAGAAAGCCUUCGUGCAAACCAUUCACCAGGAUGUCGCCUUCUUCGACGACACUCGAAACAGCGUCGGUUCUCUCAUGUCGAUCUUGUCGUCAGACGUGCUGCUAGUGAAGAGUGGAAGCUGCGGGAACCCCAUGGCACUGGUCGCAAUGAUUGCUGCGAUUACGGCCGGUUGCACAAUCUCUUUUGUGGGUGACUGGAAACUUGCGUCGGUCAUGGUUGCGAGCCUCGUCGUUCUUAUCCCGGCUCACAUUAUGGAAGAGCGAAUUAUGCACACGCAUGGUCACGUCUCGAAGGAAGACAAGUCGCAAAAAGACAAACAAAGUUUCCAGUGCCCAGAACAAGUUCUCAUCGAGGCGGUCGGUGGCAUCCGUGUGGUGUCCGCCUUCGGUCUCGAACAGUACUUUGUCGACCUAUACAAAAAGUGCCUCCACCUGGAUCCGGCGUCUCAGGCGAGGAACGCAGCUUCUGUCGGCUUCUUCUGGGGUUUCAGCCAGGGUGUGCAAUUUGCCUUCAAUGCCCUGUCCAUGUGGUACGGCGGCGAGCUGAUAAAGGAGGGAGCAGACGCACAAGAUAUCAUGCAAGCAACGUUCGGCAUUUUGUUUGCCUCGAUGUCGAUUGGCCAAACUGUCUUGUACUCCACCGACGCUGCACGGGCGCAGUUGGCGGCGGAGCGCGUCUUUGCUCUGAUCGACAGGCCGUCUGCGAUCGACACGCGAGACACCGGAGGCAGGCGAUACAACGACGCGAAAAAGACCGCCGUGGAUGUCAAUUUCACAAACGUUCAGUUUCGUUACCCGUCGAGGCCGACAGUGCCGGUGUACAGGAAUCUAUCCUUCGCCAUCAAGGCGGGGGAGUCCGUGGCUCUCGUUGGGCCCUCGGGUUGUGGCAAGUCCACUGCGAUUCAGCUAAUUGAGAGGUUCUACGACCUGCCAAGCAGCGUUGCCGCGAACGCAUCGCCGGUGAAGGACGGCAAGAAGAAGACGAAAGGCGGAGGCUCGAUCACGUUUGAUGGGACAGAAUUGCGGGAUGCAAAUGUCAGUUCUCUGCGCGAGCAAUUGGGACUGGUCGGCCAAGAACCUGUGCUGUUCAACAUGAGCAUUGAAGACAACAUUCGCUUCUCGUGCCCAGAUGCCUCUGAGGCGGACAUCAUCGAGGCGGCCAAGCAGGCACAAGCAGACGCCUUCAUUCGCACCUUCCCGCAGGGCUACAAAACCCAAGUCGGGGCUUCCGGCAGCCAGCUUUCAGGUGGUCAGAAACAGCGAAUUGCGAUUGCUCGAGCGCUCGUUCGAAAGCCUCGCCUUCUUAUUUUGGAUGAAGCAACGUCUGCGCUCGAUCCCGAAUCGGAGCGCCAGGUGCAAAAGACUCUUGACGAACUCAUGGAGACUGGCCAUCAACACAGCACCAUCAUUGUCGCCCACAGAUUGUCCACAGUUCGAAAUGCAAAUAAGAUCGUCGUUCUUAGUAACGAAGACGGUCGCGGCAGUCACGUGGUGGAAGUGGGAACUCACGAGGAGCUGAUGAAGCUUAAAAACGGAGUGUACAGGCAGCUCGUUAACAUGUCGCGGUACUCGGCUUAG